UACCUCGACUGCCGAUCCGCGGCGGAAGUCGCGACGGGCGUCGUGGAGGGCUCGGUCAACAUCCCCUACCCCCACGACGGCGACGCCGAGCUCAUCGAACCCGCAGAGUUCGUCGCGGACGCGGACGCAGAGUUCGCCAGGGACGACACGAUCCUCGUGGGCUGCCGUUCGGGCAGCAGGUCGAUCCUCGCCGCCGAGAUCCUCGUCGACGCGGGCUUCACGAACGUCCUCCACGUCGACGGCGGCAUGAAGGCCUGGUUCCAGGCUGGGCUGCCC